AUGGAGACGGAUCAACAUAGCCGUAACAGCAAUUCGGCAUUAUGGCCAAAAUGUACUAGAAAUCCACUUGAGAUGUCGCCAGCGAUCGGAAAUAGGCGUCCACAGCUUGCUCAGGUAAGACGGGUUCAAUACAGAAGACGAACCGUGAAGGCACUGCUUAAUAUCUGCAAGGAUGGCAAUCAGAGCCUAACCGCUCUGCUCGGUGAGGCGGCAGUGUACGUGUUUCUAAGACUUCGAGAAAUAGCGCAUGGGGUUAAACGUCUACUGGAACUGGAGUCUUGUGAACUCGAUCAAACAGAAAUACAAGGAACUGAUAUACAACUUUGGGGAUCUGGUGGUCUCGGAACAAGCGAUACGGAUACUCAUAGCUACAGGAGAAAAACGUGCUCUGAGACUGGAACCGAGCGAAAUCGGUCGACCAAAAAGAUAAGAAAUGGUUCUACGAAACCAUGA